AUGUACAAUACCCAAUCUGACAUCUGGAUCGCUGGUGCCUUUGCUGCAAUCUCCGUUGAUUUCAUGGUAUAUCCAUUCGACACUCUCAAGACACGCAUCCAAUCGCCAAACUAUGAAACCGCCUUCAAAGACCCACGCACGGGUGUCAUAAAGCGCAAUGUACUGUUCCGCGGACUGUACCAGGGAGUCUGGAGUGUAGUUUUCUCUACAAUACCGUCAUCUGGAGCCUUCUUCACUACCUACGAGACAGUCAAAUGCGCGCUACAUGCUUCCUCAACCCAUGUAUCAAGUUCAGGGGACAGAUCAGAGUAUAUAACGCAGACCUCACGCAUGCGUGCUAGUCUUCCGUUCACGCACUCCCUCCCCAGCCCUCUUAUUAACGCAAUUGCCUCGUGUACUGCGGAAUCGGUGUCUUGUGCAAUCUUGACGCCAGCAGAAGUAAUCAAGCAGAAUGCACAGAUGGCCAGAAGCACUGGUAGCUGGUACCACAGCGCGGGGAACAUCUCUCAUACAUCGCCACAGAGUACAAAUCUGAACUCUGGCUACACAACGUCUGCGACGCGCCAAGUUCUGCUCAAAUUUAAGAGACGCCCGUGGCGGCUGUGGAGCGGGUACUUUGCACUUCUUGGGCGUAAUCUCCCCUUCACGGGCCUGCAGUUUCCGCUGUUUGAAUAUAUCCGUGGUCGGAUGCUAAGCUGCUGGAGAAAGCGCAGAGUCACGGCAGAUACGCAGCGAGAGAAAUUGAUCGAACGGGCUGGAUUGACGGGACUGUCGGCAGGGCUUGCAGGGAUUAUUUCUUCGUUUGUGACGACGCCGAUCGAUGUGGUGAAGACGCGCGUUAUGCUGUCUGCAAGUGAUGAUCCGGGCUCAUCGCAAGAACGCUUAGCUAGUCAGCAGAAGAGCUCGAAGAAGCCGAAAGGGACGCUUACUAUAGGGAAGGGGAUAUACCUUCAUGAAGGAGUUCGGGGUUUAUUCAAGGGUGGGGCAAUUCGAUGUGGAUGGACGGCGGUUUCGUUGAGUCUGUACUUGGGUCUCUAUGAAGGAGGGCGGUACUUUUUGGAGAACCGACGACGUCGAGCGGAGAGUAUGGAUAGAGUUGAGAUGUAA